AUGGAGGAAGAUCCAGAUCAGCAGCCAUCCACCAAAAAGAUCAAAUUGAACGAUGGUAGCUCUGCGACUCCGUCUACUAUACGCGUAGACGACAAUGAAAAGAAACCAACAUUGCCACCAACCAGUAAAAAUGCAGCUUCAGACUCUCUAUUAACUGAGUCUCAAGUGGGAAUUACAGCAUGGAUGAACCCUGAUAUGCCUGGAUUUAAAGGAAUUCUCAAGCAUCGAUACACCGAUUUCUUGGUUAACGAAAUCGAUAUGGAUGGUCGUGUGAUGCAUCUCACGAGUUUGAAGGCCCCAUCUUCGGUGUCUGAGAAGGAUCAAGAUGAGCCUGCUAAAGCUGCCCGAGACGAUGGCAAGCUUCUGGAAGACCUUGGGGCUCUGGUUUCUGCACAGGACGUUGAACUGGUGAAAACCAUGCUUCAAGCUGGAAAGGGUGUUAGUGAAGGAGUCACGCUACAGCCCGAGUCAGAUAAAGCCAAGCGUACAAAGAUCCAUCGAGUAUUUAGUACAUAUUUGAGUGGAAUAGUUAGUACCAACACUGUAGGUGUUGAUGAAAUUCGUGUUGAGUGGGGUACUUCAAAUCGUGACAAUCGAGGACGUGGAUCAAGCAACAAACGGAAGAAGUUAUCCUGGGAUGAACUUGGAGGCAGUUUCUGUCAUUUCCUCAUGUUCAAGGAGAACAGAGAGACUGUGCAGGCAUUGGAGUCGAUUUCGAAGAUGGCCAAGAUUCAAUCAAAGAAGAUGACAUUCGCUGGUACAAAGGACAAGCGAGGCAUCACUGUUCAACGUGUCGCUGCUCAGUUUGUCAAUGCAGAGACUUUGGCAGGCCUCAACAAGACUUUGAGAGGCAUUCAAUUGGGUGAUUUUCAGCACAAGCAGCACGGUCUGAAGCUCGGUAGUUUACAAGGCAAUCAGUUUGAACUUGUGUUGAGAGAGGCUUCAGGAACACGAGAAGACAUAGAAAAAACAUUGAAUGCAUUGAAAGCAAGUGGUUUUAUCAACUAUUAUGGAAUGCAGCGAUUUGGGACACAGUCGGUGUCCACUCAUUCCAUUGGUGUCAAGCUUCUGAAGAGUGAUUGGCAGGGUGCCGUUGAUUUGGUUUUGAUGCCUAGAGAGAGUGAUUCUCCGGACAUACUGAAGGCUCGACAAACCUGGAAGGAUACUCAAAGUCCUAGAGAAGCAUUGAAACUGUUUCCGAAAUGGAAUACUGCUGAACGAGCAAUUUUGGAAGCUUUUAAUUCUAGGAAGUCGAAUAAGGAUUGUGCUGGUGCUAUGGCCAAUAUUCCAAGACAUCUACGUCAAAUGUAUGUACAUGCGUACCAAUCAUAUGUUUGGAAUCGUGUUGUAUCUGCUCGAAUCCAGAAAUUAGGUCGAGCGGUCGUACUUGGAGAUCUGGUAUCGGUGCCGUCAUCCACCACCACAUCCACAUCAGCAGAUGGCAUCAUACUUCCCGCAACGAGUACAACAGAGGAAGAAACCGACAUUCAAGUGAUACCUGAAGACGAAGUAUUCGAACCAACAGCACGUCCAGACACUAUAAAAACAAUAAAUACCGAAGUAGAAGCAUCACAAUACCAAAUUACGGAUAUAGUGAUUCCACAACCUGGAUAUGAUGUUAAAUAUCCACCGAAUAUGCUUGAUACGUACAAGGAGAUUAUGAAUGAGGACGGACUUGAUCCAUUGAAUAUGAAGAGGUCGAUUUAUGAUUAUUCGUUGCCUGGAUCAUAUAGGAAGAUGGUUGGUGCUGUUAAAGAUUUCGAGUGGCGAAUUGUACAGUAUAGUCAUGCAGAUGCAAGCCUUACGCUGACGGAUCUCGAUAGACUGAAGGGUCUCAAAGACCUGAAGAUUGAAUCUGGUGACAAAAUGGCCGUCAUUCUCAAGUUCUGUUUGGACUCGUCUACAUAUGCUACAAUGGCACUUCGGGAGGUCUUAAAGACAAGUACUACACCCUCAUUUCAAGCUGGUUUGUCUUCAGCAUAG